AUGCCCCGUAGCCACAGCUUCAGAACUCAGCAACUCGCUCGACGCUGGCUCUCGGACUCCCAGGCGCCAAGAUCUGCACCUUCACGGCCCGGCGUCUUGGUCUGGGGAGCUGGUGCGGCUGUCGCUGCUGGGGGCGGAUACUUUUUGCUCAGCGGCACAGCGAGCAAGACAAAGAGUGUUCCUCUUCUGAAACCAGUUUCCUCAGAAGACGACAUCUCGGUACUCUCGCCUGUGCCUGUCCUGGACUUGCAAGCGGCGAACCAAAAGCUGCGAGAACAGGCUCAGUCGUUCAUCUUUGAUGGCAAGGAUGGGCAAAAAGGCCGCGUUGAUGUCAUCCGCGUCGCUAGCAACGAUCCUGUCGAGGACGAGUGGUCUGUUGCUGUUGGGAAAGGCAUUCACGGCGGAACGGCGCUGUACGCGGGUGUUUACGACGGGCACUCUGGCUGGGCGACCUCAAAGGUGCUAAAGCAGGCCCUCAUCCCGUAUGUUUCGACGGCUCUCUCCAAGAUCUCGGCAUCGGGCUCGGGAGAUGCUGUCGACGCUGCUAUCAAAAGAGCCUUCACCAGCCUCGACGACCGAAUUCUGGGCACUGCACGCAAAGCCGCCGAAGCAGGCUAUGAGCCUGGAUCUACCGAAGUCUUGUCGGCUCUCGCGCCGGCUCUCGCUGGUUCUUGCGCGCUGCUCUGUGUCUAUGAUCCCAAAUCAUCCGUGCUGCGUACCGCCGUGACGGGCGAUUCACGCGCAGUUCUCGGCUCCUGGUCCUCAGAGUCAAGCAGCUUUGCGGCCAGCGCUCUGAGUAAGGACCAGACCGGAUUCAACCAAGAUGAAGUCAAAAGGCUAGACGCCGAGCACCCUGGAGAGGGAGAGGAUAUGAUCAAUCCCAAAACGGGCAGGCUUAUGGGGAUUGCCAUCACGCGGGGUUUCGGCGAUCAUCGGUGGAAAUGGCCCAGUGAUUUCUUGAACUUUCUCAAGUCCAAUUACCACGGCACCGAGCCUCGUCCCAAGUAUAAAACGCCGCCUUACAUGAUUGCUACGCCGGAGGUCACCACUCGCCAGGUCCAAACCUCAGACUUUGUCAUUCUCGCAUCAGACGGGCUCUGGGAUGUCAUGUCCAAUGAGGAUGCCGUGACCUGCGUCUCUCGCUGGCUCUCAGCGCGACGUCUGGGCAAACCAGAGGCUGUUAAGGAUGCCAAGACCACAGGCUACACAAUAGAUGAUGACGGAUGGCCAUCUUACAAGGCGACUCCCGAGCAUUUCGCUAUAGAGGAUCUCGACAACGCGGCCGUCUGUUUAGUCAAGAAUGCGCUUGGGGGGACGAGAAGGGCUAUGCUUUGUGGCUCGUUGACGGCAACUACGCCCAUCAGCCGAUAUGUGAGAGACGAUAUUACCGUGCAAGUUAUUUUCUUCAAGGACCCCUAG